AAGCUUUAAUAUAUAUAAAAUAAGAAAAUUAUAAAUAAGCUCUCUAUAUUUUAUAAAAAAUAAUAUAAAUCGAUGAAAAUAAUUCACAAGCUUAUUAUUUGUUAAGUUCUAUAUAUUAUAAAUAGGAAAAUAUGGAAAAAUAUUAAGAAUAUCUUCUAAAAGCGUACACAAAAAACCCUUAAAAUGAAGAUUAUGUAUAUUUAUUAGCUUAAAUCUAUAUAAAAGAGGAAAAAUAUGUUAAAGCAAGGGAAAUAUUAGACUAAAUUUAGAAAAAAAGUCCAAAAAUUUUACAAAAUUUGGGUAUAGUUUAAAUUUUUGAAUAAAAAUAUGAAGAUGCGCUAUUGAAUUUUCAAAAAAUUCUAGAUUAGAAUGUAUUUGAUGGUGAUGUGUUUUUUCAAAUGUCCCUUAUUUAUUAGAAAUAAGGUUUAGGAAACAAAGCUGAACGUUUUUUGCAUAAAGCUAUACUUUUAGAACCUUAUAAUAUUACUUACUAUAAAAAAAUUGUCGAAUUUUACUUUUAGAAGGGAGAAAUUGAAAAAACAAGGAAAAUUUUGGAAUAUUUUGAAAAACUUUAAAGAAUAUAGAGGGGAACUUUUUGAAGAUUCUGGGUAUUUUUAUUAGAGUUUUUUUAUAAGAAAAUGAAAGAAUGGGAAAAAGCAGAAUUUUUAAUAAAGUAA